AACCAUAGCCCUAAUUGUGAGUUUGAUUUUAGUACUCAUCUUCUCUCUCUGGGUGUCAGAUUGAAGCUUUUCAUAUGCAAGAUUCCGCCAUUGGAGCCCGACUUACUGACGUUCUCAUCAAGUUGGUCUCCUCGAUUUCUCAAACCCAUUACCAUCUCUCCGUUCUCUCUUUUGCAGCUUCUUUCCCUCUUGGUUCUUUCCUUUCUCCUCUUCCGACUGUUAUUCCGUUGCUUUGCUCCACUGUUAUGCAAAGAAUCCGAAUAAAUAAUCGAUAAAAGGGUAGCCAGCCAGUCAAGGGUUUUAUUUAUCUGCCGACCCGGGCCAGCCUUUUCCCCUUCAGGAGUUAUAAAUUGGUUUCUAGAACAGUUCAUUUGACUCAGUUUUGAAGUCGUUGAGAAACUUCCAUGGCUGAUAAGUUGGUGAGGAAACAAAGUAAAUUGUCUGUGUACCUUUACGUUCCCAAUAUUAUUGGUUAUAUAAGGGUUCUCAUGAACAUUGUUGCCUUUGCUCUAUGCUUCUCAAAUAAAAUAAUUUUCUCAGUCCUCUAUUUUGUCAGAUGGGUGGUGUGCUCGCAAAUUCAAUCAAGUUUCCACGUUUGGGGCUGUGCUGGACAUGGUAACAGACAGAAUCUGCUGUAUCACAGGAUUAGCACUGCUUGUCUACUAGUAAUUCUAUCCCAAGUAUACAGGCCUGGUUUGACUUUCGUAUCAUUGCUUGCUUUGGAUAUUGCUAGCCACUGGCUUCAAAUGUACAGUACCUUUUUGAUAGGCAAAGCCAGUCAUAAAGAUGUCAAAGACAGCACCAAUUGGCUGUUUAAGGCAUAUUAUGGAAAUAGGACAUUUAUGGCUUACUGUUGUGUGUCAUGCGAGGUUCUUUACAUUAUUCUAUUUCUUCUGGCGGAGAAGCAAAAUGAGAAUUUGAUGGAUGUUAUAUUACACUCCAUACAACAAAAAUCAUUCCUCUCACUUUUGGUUGUAAUUAGCUUGUUCGGAUGGGCAGUGAAGCAAGCUGUUAAUGUCAUACAGAUGAAGACGGCGGCAGAUGUUUGUGUGCUUCACGAUACCAACAAAAAACAGAAGCCAUGAUAAUGAGACCUUUGUAAAAUUUGUUUCAGUAAAGAACUCUUGUCUUGCUCCCAUGUCAAAUAGUUUGUAGUUUUAAAUCAUAUUUGUUUCGAAAAUAAUCGAUGCAGUUUCUUCUCA